GCGCACGUAUAAAACCAGCGUCUCAGUCGACUUUGGGAUUCAAUGCAGCAUCUGCUUUCCAAGUAGCAAGAAAUACACAUAUAUUAAUAAUAUUUUGCCACAGUCUCUAUUACAGUACAUACAAUUCUUACAAUGAUGAAGUUCACAGCUAUUCUCUUAUUGUUGGCCACCGUGCUGCUUUUCAACGUCGUCAAGGCUGACGAGGAGCAUGACCAUCCUCAUGACGAUGGUAUAGGGCCAGACUGUCCUUGUGUAACAACGAUGGAGUACGUACCGAUUUGCGCAAGUAAUGGAGCUACUUAUUCAAAUGCAAAAAUGCUGGAGUGUGCGAAAAAAUGCUUGAAGAGGGAUGAUUUGGUAAAAGUAAAGGAUGGUCACUGUUAAAAGUUCAUUGGCACUUUUCAAAGAGAUGGGGUUUUUACUACAAAGGGUUAAGAACAUUUUUCUGUAUGAAUUUUUUUUUUUUACGAUUAUGAAUUUAUUUUUAAGUUAAUAAAAUAAAAACUUUUUUCACAAAAUUUUAGUUACAUUUUAUUUAAUGAAGUAGC